CUGCUAUUCUCCACACAGAUUUCCACAGGACUACCUGAACCAUGGACAGUAAAAGAAAGACCUGAACAUGCGGUCACUAGUUGUAACCAUAGACUGUGGUUGUAACGGAACAUAUUUGAAGACAAAGGAGACACUACAAAUACAAUACUAUUGUAUUUAUUUCAUUCUGUGACAAAACAUUUAAAACUAAAGAAAUUUGUUUUCACAGCUCGUGUUUUUAAAUGAUAUUCCCUCCUCGUUACUUAUACCAAAUUAAAAUUGUUCCACUAUACUUUGACCGCGUUAAGACUAAAAUGUUACUUUAGUUUAUUAUGUUAAUUAAAAUAUGAAAAUCGUUUUGCGAUUCGACCCGCCCCUUACAGCACAUGACAGGUGAUUGGUCAGAUGAAAUGGACCUCAUGGCUUUAUGAUAUUGGAGCAACGCCGUUCGAUGAUAACAGAUGAGCGGGACGCCAGCUGACAUCAAGAGGAUUUAAAAUCGGACAGGAUCGGGAAUUACUUACAAUACAGGUCGCUGAGAAGCAAACCAGCAGAUGCAGUAGACGGCUGGCGCCAUGGCCUCAGAUGCAAGUCACAUGUUAGAAGCAGCCUUGGAACAAAUGGAUGAUAUUAUUGCUGAAAUCGAGACUCAUCAGACCAGGCAACAUUUUUCCAGUCUUCAACUGUCCAAUUUUGGUUCCAAGGCUGCGGUGGAGUUCAGUAAUGGGCUCUAUGACCUGGGCUCUCCUGUGAGUGUCGGGCCCCUGCAGGUUCUCCAGCUGGCGGAGGAGCUGAGACUGACACUGGAGCUGCAGGUCGGGGACGAGGACCGCAAGUCACUGCGCUCCCAGCUGCCCUGCACCACCGCACAGAGCCUCAUGGAGUGGCUGGAGAAAGGAUCGGUUAACCUCCAGUCCUCGAGCAACAAUGAAACCUAUCAAGAACGGCUGGCGAGAUUAGAAGGGGACAAAGAGUCUCUGGUUCUCCAGGUGAGUGUACUCACUGACCAGGUUGAAGCUCAAGGGGAAAAGAUCAGAGAUCUGGAAAGUUCCCUGGAAGAACAUCACCACAAACUCAUUUCCACUGAGGAAAUGCUCCAGCAGGAGCUCUUCAGCCGAACCUCGCUGGAGACGCAGAAACUGGAACUGGUGGAUGAAGUUUCUUAUCUGAAACUCAAGCUUGUCGGCAUGGAGGAAGAACACAACCACAUAGAUGAAGAGAACAAACAUCAUAAAGCCGAGAGUGUGGUUAAUCUAAUUAGUGAACUACAGGAGCAGAUGUGUAAAUUCCAGGAGGAAAUCAGCAAUCGCAUUCAGGAGCAGAGGGCCCUGGAGAGCAUGGGGGACUGUAGCACGCGCGAGGCUCUCGACCAGAGCCCCGAUGUGGGCCUUGGUGCCUCGGACGCUGAGGAAUGCAGCUGCCGCUGUAGAAGCGGAGGAGAGAAUGCAUUGCUACAAGAGCUUCGCCUUUUUAAGAGCAAAGUUGAAGAACUGGAAGGAGAGAAAUCGCAAUAUGAGAGGAAGCUCAAAGCCACAAAGACUGAGAUUGCCAAACUCCAGCAGCUGCUUUCUACGAAAGAUGCAGAAAUCGAGUGUCUACAGAGUCAGCUUCUGUCCCGAGGAACCAUCAACAAUGACAUCACAGAGAGAGAGGAAGUGUAUAAGAAAAAGCUGAGAGACAAACAUCAAGAGUUACAGCGGUUAAAAACUGGAAUGGAGACGCUGAUAGCUGCCAAUAAUGAAAAGGAUCGCCACAUAGACGAACUCAAUGUUCUUUUGGGCCAGUACAGAAAAUUGAAGGAAGGCUUGGCCCUUUCUCAAAUGACCAACGAUACUUUGCUUUCUGGCAGCAGUGAAGAGGAUCUAUCUGGCAACCGAAAAAUAAGAGCCCUGACCCAUAGGGUGUACUCGGACAUCAUCAGAUCAGAACUGCAGAUGUCUUCCCGAGGCCCGUCGCCACUCCUGGUCUCUCCUCCGUGUCCUCAGAGGGAACUGGACUCCAGCUGUCACAGUAUACAGCCCUCCAUGGAGACCUCGAUGGUAUCCAUUGGCGAUUUGGGCUUUUACAGCAGACAAUGGUCAAUGCAGCGAAUGCUGUCCACCAGCUUGGAAGAGCUCCAAAGUGGAAGCUUACAGAUGCAUGUAGUGGGCCAACCAGUCGAGGCUGUUUUAGAGAACCGAUAUAAUCAAGAAAAUAACAAAUACCAGACGCUCCCGGGCAAGUUUAGUCAUCCAGAGCAGAAUGGAGUGAGACUCCUGGCGUCUUCCCCACUACAGCUAUCUCCUGAUGAAAGUGAAGACAGUGAAUUCAACCUAAGGCCGCGGAGAAAGCAUGAUCAGUUUGUGGUUGGAAAGACAGAGAAGACAGAUGACUCAACCUUGUCUGACCUUUCGCCAAUGUCAUCUGGAGUAGAAUCAGGUCAACAGUCCCCGGUUUCACCAGAGCACAAGAAGAACCAGAAAGGCAUCCGAAAACUGUGGGGAAAGAUCAGGAGAACCCAGUCUGGCAGUCUUCCAGCUGACGGUUCUGAUUCGGAUUUUAAGAGAGGGGGUUUCAGAGCCACGGCUGGCCCACGACUCGCCUGCCUGGGCAUCGGUUCUUCAGCACGUGACAUGAACGCCCCCUUCUCGAAAUGGUCAUGUGAUCAGGUCUGUGCAUGGUUGGAGGACACUGGCAUGGGUCAGUACGUGAAUAUGGCCAGACAGUGGGGGACUAGUGGUCAGACUCUACUCUCUGCCUCCCCGCAGGACGUAGAGAAGGAUCUGGGAAUUAAACAUCCACUACACAGGAAGAAGCUCCAGCUGGCUCUGCGCUCCUUCAGCACCAAAAUCACAGAGAAAUCCUCUGAACUCGACCACAUCUGGGUCACACGAUGGCUGGAUGAUAUCGGAUUACCGCAGUACAAAGACCAGUUUCAUGACGGACGUGUGGACGGUAGAAUGCUGCAGUACUUAACAGUGAACGAUCUGCUGUUCAUGAAAGUCACCAGUCAACUUCAUCACCUCAGCAUCAAGUGUGCUAUCCACGUCCUACAUGUAAACAAGUUCAACCCCAACUGCCUCAAAAGAAGACCUGGAGAUGAGAAUAAAACAUCCCCUUCUGAGGUCGUCCAGUGGUCCAAUCACCGUGUGAUGGAGUGGCUCAGAUCGGUUGACCUGGCAGAAUACGCCCCCAACCUGAGAGGCAGCGGAGUGCAUGGAGGACUUAUAAUCUUGGAACCUCGUUUUAACUCGGACACCCUUGCGCUGCUCCUGAACAUCCCCCCGCAGAAGACUCUGUUGAGGAGGCAUCUGGCCACUAAUUUCAACACGCUGGUGGGCUCUCAGGCUCAGCAAGAGAAACAAGAGUUCCUGGAAUCAUCGAACUACACGCCGCUAACCACCACCGCAAAAGUCCGGCCACGUAAAAUAGGCUUCUCCAGUUUUGGCCACCGUAAGAAGCGCGCUGACGACUCCACGGACUACAUCUGCCCUCUGGAUGCGUCCCAAGCCCAGGCCCUGCUCAACGGGGCCAACCGGCCCUACAGCGGCUUCAGGGGCCUGAGCCCCAUCUUCGACAGGGACCCAGAGAGACGGGAGCAGAUUCUGUGCGCCAAAGGAUCAGGGAUGCAGAUCGAGGCCUUGUCCAGGGGAAUUAACAACCUCACAUACUUACUGAGCCGAGACGAGCUGCUGAGAGGAAUGAGACGCAGCCACACCGCAAUAGUGUGAGCCACACUAACUGCCCAGAACUUAACCCGCCUCACCCUCAAACCUUCAGGACCUGUUCACCAUCCAGCUCAACACUAUUUUGUUAUUGUAUUACCAUUUGUUUUUGAUUUGUGAUUCAGUUCAUAAGGCACUAAAUGAAAAUUGUUUUUAAACUUUUUGUGUACUAUGCAAACAGCCUUAUUUUCUGUCUUGUUUUUCAUUUGUUGUUGUGUUCUUGUAGCCAGUGGAACUGGAUGCGAGUAAAUCUUUCUGUUUGCCCAA